UAUCUCCUAGCAUUUUUCUGCAUUUGGAUCAUAACAUCGCAUCAUUUUCAACCUACAGCGAUAAUGGCGAUGCCAGUUCACACAUCAUCGGAACACAACAAACAUCCCAAGUCGCUAGGCACGUUGAAGCUGUUUCUCAGCAAUCCGUGCGGAUUCGAAUCACAGCUUUCGGGAUCAGAUCCAACCAACAGUCGACUACAGUAUGCAUUGGAGAACAUCAGAGAUGUAAAGUUCUAUCCGGGAAAGAUUGAAAGUUCGGCGAGAACGGGACUGUCCGAUUUUAAAACAGGAUAUUUGAAGAAUUUCCUGCUGACUGACUUCAACAUACCUCAUUCGAUGGAGGAUCAAAUUAUCGUUAGCCAUCAUGAGGCAUGGAAGCAUCAAUCCAAUCCGAAUUUACUGCCGAACGGGAAGCAUUUGGAUAUUGAGUUUUUGAAAGAUUUAUCCGAUGACACGAAACGUUUGGCCGAAGAAUCUGCUCGAAAGUUUGAUAUUGCUAGUGAUGAUGAUAAACAACAAUUGCUAACAAUCCUGGAAGAUUGCGAUGAACGUUUACAACGGUUGCUGGUGGUUUUCUAUCAAAUGCACCAAAAUCUGGACAACUUUAAGAUUAACUUCCGUCAGGACGACUUCGCCACCGAAAACAUUCGCAAAGUGUAUGCCAAGGCUAUGGACAUUAUCCAGAACGGUUUGUGUGACGUUCGUACGGCCAUGCAUAAGUUGUAUCAGAUGAGCGGUAUGAAGAAUCAACCAGCACGCAUUGUUGAUGUUGAGAAGAUUUUGAACAAUCCAUUUAAAACCGAUUCGAUUGGUGACUGGGUAAAUGUGCGUCAAUUGCACGAUCAAUUGAAAUAUAUGACACGGUUCUUCGGUAUUUGGGUGAAUGAAAUUCAAGAAACGAAAUAA